UGCGCCGACUCAGAAUACAGACAGAAAGAAAUUCCUGAGCACUUCAAGCCCCCUUCUGUCAUCAAGAACACAUUAGAGAAAUUAUCAAAACUAGCGGCGAAACUGGUGGUUGAGAGAAAGCCAACUUUUGAUGAAGGGGAGAUGGAAGGCGAGUUUGAGCUGGAAGAAGUCAACAAACUGAAAGGUAGCGGUCUUCUUUACUGUGAUCAGUCUUUCAGGACUGGACUGAUUACAACCACGAAGCACUUUAGCUUCACGCAUCUAACCGUCCAAGAAUUUUUGGCUGCUCGUUGGUUUGUUAAGGAAAAUUGUGUUCCAGACGAAGAAUGCUCUGAAAUGGUUUUCCAAUUCAUGGUUGGCAUGUUGUCAAGUGAAGGAAACGAGGAACUGAUGGAAAAAUUAUUAGAUUCACCCUUUAUGUCUCGUAAUCUUAAAAUGACGUGUCUGAAUGAGUAUCAAAACAAAGAAUUUGCCAAACAAUUCAUCAGGAAUAAUUCGCAAGCGUUUUGUAAUUCAGACGGCGUCGUGGCUUUUGAGGUUUUUUCUGAUGUGGGCUGCAUUGGUGUAUCAUUUGUGUUGGACAUUAUCAGUGAACUAAAUAAAGAGGAAGCUGGAGAGGCA